CGGACAGACACAUGCAGCCCUGCAGUCCUUGACCGAAAUGUUUUCCGCGAAGCGAUUCCGUUCCACCCCCCUCGUAUCUCUAGAACCAAUUAUGCUGCGCUUCGUCGAGCUUUGCGUAGACAUGCGCAAGGGCCGCACUGCGAAAGAAGGUCUUAUGCAAUACAAGAACAUUGCACAAAAUACAAGCGUCCAGUCUAUCGAGGUCGUCAUCAACCGCUUCAUCCAGCUUGCGGACGCGAAAGUGCAGGAGGCGCAGGAGAAAGCUGAUAAGGUGGUGGCGGUGGAUGUCGACGAUUUAGAAGCUAGUGAGACUCCGGAAAGUAUCCUACUUGGUGCAGUUAGCGGGGACCAAAGCAAGGAUAGGACGGACAGGGCCCUUGUCACCCCUUGGCUGAAGUUCCUGUGGGAGAGCUACCGCACCGCCCUCGAGACGCUGAAAAAUAACGCAAGGCUGGAGGUCGUGUACCAGCAAAUUGCGCAACAAGCAUUCCGCUUCUGCUUAAAGUACCAACGCAAAGUGGAGUUCCGCCGCCUCUGCGAGACUCUGCGUCUUCAUCUAUCGAAUGUCGCGAAGUAUGCUCACCAGCCGCAUUCCAUCAACCUUUCCGACUCGGAGACCCUGCAGCAUCACCUCGACACUCGUUUCGCCCAGCUGAACACUUCAGUUGAGCUCGAGCUCUGGCAGGAGGCGUUCCGUUCCGUUGAGGAUAUCCACAACCUCCUCAUUAUGGCGAAGAAGGCACCUCGCCCCGCAAUGAUGGCCAACUACUACGAAAAGCUCACCAAGAUUUUCUUGAUGAGUGGCAAUGCCCUCUAUCACGCCGCUGCCUGGGGCCGCUCCUACGGUAUCGUCACCGCCAUGGGCGGUAAGUCCGACGAAGAGAUUCGUCGCUUGGCUGGCCAGGUGCUUGUCAGCGCUCUUGCUGUUCCGGUCGGAUCGAAGUCUGCCGAUGGCAGUGAGGAUGGCAAGGGCAAGAACCAACGUUUGACUGCACUCCUUGGCUUGAACAAGACUCCUACUCGUCAGGGUUUACUCAAGGAUGCUCUGUCCCGCAACGUUCUGAAGCUGUCUCCUGAACCUAUCAAGCAGCUGUACAACAUCCUCGAGGUCACGUUUGACCCGCUUACUCUGUGCUCAACCAUUGCACCACUGUUCCAAUCCCUUCAAUCCGACGCUAGCUACUCGCAGUACCUUCCUCUUCUGCAGCAUGCUCUGCUGUCUCGUCUGCUCUUGCAGCUGUCCCAGGUCUACUCGUCUAUCAAGGUCGACAACCUGCUUGAGCUCAUCGCACCCCUACGCGCGAGCUCGACCGAAGGCUCGAGCGUGUUCGACGAGGAGCAGAUCGAAGCAUAUGUGAUGGGCUGUGCGCGCCGCGGAGAGCUUAACAUCCGCGUUGACCACUCGGCGGGCAGCAUCACCUUCGUCGACACCACAUUCUCGGCCGUCGAGGACCCGAGCUCGAGCACCACGGCGAACGCAGCCGCAAUCCAGCCGUCGACGUCCGAGGUCGUGAAGACGCGGCUGAACAGCCUGGCGACGUGCUUGCACAACUCGCUUGCGACGCUGUUCCCGCCCGAGCCGCUGUCCGAGGAGCGGCAGCAGGCCGAGUUCGCGGCGCUCAUGGCUGCGGCACAAGCGGAGCGCAAGGCGUUGCAGGUGCGGCGGGCGAUUGUCGCGCGUCGGCGCGAGCUCGGGAUCGAGCUUGCUGCGCGCAAGGAGAAGGAGGAGACGAGCCGCAGAGCAGAGCUCAGCCGGAAGGAGAAGGAAGAGCAGGAGCGCAGACGUGUUGCGGAAGCGCGCCAGAAGGAGGUUGAGCGUGCGCGCAAGGAGAUUGAGGCUAUCCGCACCGAAGAGGCCCGGAAGCUAGCGCAGAGUCUCAAGGAGAAGGGCACGCUCAAGGUCGACGUCACUGAAAUGGAAAACCUCAGCACCGACAACUUGAUGCGGCUGCAAGUGGAGCAGCUCGAGAAGGAGAAGCGCGGGUUGAACGAGAAGAUGCGGAUCGCUUCGAAGCGGAUCGACCACGUUGAGCGCGCAUACCGCAAGGAGGAGCGACCGUUGCUGGCAAUGGACUAUGAAGUGCAGCAGGCGAACGAUAAGGCGGCUCACGAGGCGGCACAAAAGGCGCGCGUAGAGACAGCGCGUCUUACACACCAGAAGGAUCUGGAGACGAAGAAGCGCUUGCUACAGGUGAUGGACGACUGGAGGGCAUACCGCGAAGUCGUCGCUGGCAAGCGCGGCGAGGAGUUUACCAAGCACCAACAGCUGGCACAGAAGAAGAUCGAAGAGGAAAAGGCCAAGCGGCGCGCGGCAAUCCUCAAGGAGCGCGAGGAAGAGAGGCUCCAUCACGAAGAAGAGGAACGUCUGAGGCGCGAGCAGGAGGAAGAGGAGCGCCAGCGGGAAGAGGCUCGUCUCGCCGAAGAAGAGCGCGUCCGCGCCGAGGAAGAGGCCGCAAAGGAGGCAGAGGAGGCGAAGAAGCUCGAGGCGGAAGAAAAGGCCGCCUCGCUCCGGAAAGAACGCGAGGCAGAGCGACAGGCUGCGCUCGAGCAAGCCCGCCUGCAGCAGCAGCGCGAGGAAGAGGCCGAGCAGCGCCGGAACCAGCGUGCGGCAGAGCGCGAACGAGAGCGUGAACGAGAACGCUUGGGGGUGCGUGCUCCCCCUGCGCGUGCUGCGCCCGUGCCCGCGCCCGCGGCCGACGAGGGUGCUUGGCGUCGUGGCAGCGCCGCGCCGUCGACGCCUUCGCGCGCGCCUGCUGCGCUCCCCUCAGAAAUUCCUGCUACUGGCAAAUACCGCCCCGGCGCAUUCGCCGCUGGCGGCGGCAACGGCGGCGGCGGCGGCGGCGGAGGAUGGCGCGCCCGCGAGGCCGUGAAGAAAGACGUCGAGGCUGUUGGAUCAGCACCUGCGUCGCGUCCCGAGUCCCCCGCGCCGAAGAAAGAGGAGGUUCAAAGGGACACUGACGGCUUCCAGACCGUCGCGCCCAAGGGUGUCUGGCGUCCGAAACGCGGCAGGGCCUAAGCUUCUUGCGUCGUGCUAUUAAGUUAGGUUUCCACAUAUGCAUUCUCACAUCUGUUCCGUGCACACGAGCUCAGCUGUAAAACUGCGCGGUGCACUAGAUCGUCAUACUAUGUAGGUUCGCAAUUGCACUUGUUG